UUUCACAUCUUGAUGGUCGGAUUUGUUUUCCCUCAACAUUUCCCCCUAAGUUUUAUUUUAUUAUUAUAAUUUUUCUUUAAUAUCUCCAAAUCUGGAACUGUAAACGCCACACCGAGGUCGAUCAGAGGCGUUUAAAAUCAGACGUGGUUCUGCAGUUCGGGAACCACCACCCCCCUCMUCCGCGCGCGUCGUGGACCAUUCCUUUCGCUCCUCCACAUCCAGACGAGGUGUGAGCAGCGCACAGCACCAGACGGACCAGAGUUGGUUGCUUGGUGUUGGUACGCGGCAGAGCGCGCGACUUCCCGGACUCCCUACAGCGCAACUCUACAACCCCCAAAUGGAUAUUUACGUGGCCUUGGUGUCGUUUUUCUUUUUUGCCAAACCAGCUUUUGGUUUCGGAUCAGAUCAAGACUACCAGCUCGAUAUCAUCAGUGAACUUGACCUGGCGAAUGCCACCUACGGAAUUACCCAAGUGGGAGGGCUUCACAACGGCAGCAAAGCCUUCCUGUUCCGAGAUGUUGGAAGAGCAGUUCAUGCCCCGCCACAUAUCACAGAAAAAGUGGUGCAACUGUUCAGGAGUAAAAGUGAAUUUACCUUCUUGGCCACCAUCCAGCAGAAGUCCUCCACAUCAGGAGUGAUAUUCUCCAUCCAUGAAUCAGAGCACAGUUACUUUGAGCUGGAAAGCAGCGGAGUGAGAGAGGAAAUCCGCUACCACUACCGCUUCAAAGGCAAGCCGCGAUCUGAGUCCUUCCCUUACCGGCUAGCUGAUGGCCAGUGGCACAAAAUUGCCCUCACCAUCAGCACCUCCCACCUACUKCUGCACGUCGACUGUAACAGGAUUUAUGAGCGGGUGAUAGACCCUCCUCAGAUGGAGCUCACCUUGGGCAGUGGAGUGUGGCUAGGCCAACACAGCCACAAGCAUGGUUUAUUCAAGGGCAUUAUUCAGGAUGUGAAGCUGAUCUUUGCUCCCAAUGGUUACAUCACACAGUGUCCUAAUCUUAAUCGCACCUGUCCAACCUGCAGUGAUUUUCUGAGCCUGGUGCAAGGAAUCAUGGACCUCCAGGAACUACUGGCCAAGAUGACCUUAAAGUUAAACUACGCCGAGUCCAGGCUGACCCAGCUGGAGGGCUGUCACUGCGAGAGGACCUGCAGCAUCAAUGGCCUCGUGUAUCGAGACAAAGAGCUGUGGGUGGAGCCUGAAAACUGCAGGAACUGUGCAUGUAAGAAUGGUGUGGUGGAGUGCCGCAGAAUCUUCUGUCCACCAGCAAACUGCUCAGAAGACAUGCUGCCUGUACAUGUUGAUGGGAUGUGUUGCAAAACAUGCAGACCUAAAUGUACCUACAUGGGACAGACAUUUUCUAAAGGCCAACGCUUUCUAUCCAAGAGCUGCAGGGAAUGCAAGAAUGGCCUGAUGGUGAAAGUCACAGAAAGGUGUCCAGAGAUUAACUGUAGCCUUAGCGAACAGAUCUUACCUGAGGGCAGAUGCUGCAACGUCUGCAGAG